AGGAAUCCGUGUGGGGUACACCCCCGACGUCCUCACCGACGCCACCGCAGAACUCUCAGUAGCUUUGCUUCUGGCUGCAUGCCGCCGGCUCCCGGAGGCAGUGGAGCAGGUGAAGACUGGUGGCUGGACAACGUGGAAGCCCUUGUGGAUGUGUGGCUAUGGUCUGUCUGAUAGUACGGUGGGCAUCAUAGGUCUGGGGAGAAUAGGACAGGCAGUUGCCCGCCGCCUGAAGCCGUUUGGGGUCAAGAAGUUUUUGUACACCGGCAGUCGCCCGAAGCCGGAGAGCGCUGCAGAGUUUGAAGCCGAGUUUGUCCCACUCACGAGGCUGGCCGAGGAGUCGGACUUCGUUGUGGUGACGUGUGCUUUGACUCCGGCCACCCAGGGAAUGUGCAACAAGGACUUCUUCAGCAGAAUGAAGAAGACCUCCGUGUUCGUCAACACGAGCAGGGGGGCCGUGGUGAACCAGGAGGACCUGUAUGAUGCGCUGGCCCACGGCCAGAUCGCAGCAGCAGGCCUGGACGUCACGACGCCGGAGCCGCUGCCCACUGACCACCCCCUGCUCUCCCUCAAGAAUUGCGGGGAGUGGUGGGUGAUUCUGCCACACAUCGGGAGUGCCACGUACGCCACGAGGAGCACCAUGGCGGUGCUGGCAGCCAACAACCUGCUGGCCGGGCUGCAGGGGCAGCCCAUGCCCCACGAGCUCCUGCUGUGA